AUGCCCCGGCCGAACAACGAGAAGAUUGAGGCCAACAAUGAGCGCGAGUGGCUUCUCUCGGUCCUGGAUAUGAAGUUUCGGCACCAGGAGGCGGUGAUCCGUGAGUUGUUGCAGGUGCAGGGCCUCCAGCAAAUUCCGCUCCAUCCCAUUCUUGACUUCGCAGAUGGAAGCGACACAGGACCUGGAUGGAGUACCAAAGUUCAGGCAACGGCCUGCAGCGAUCCGCCCUCAAGCCCUGGGCUCACCUCGACUCAGGAGGGCCAACAGGACUACACCGAGUCUCACGACACAUCCGGCUCCCAGUCUCGCGUGGGAAAGAAGAGCAGCAAGGGUAUCUCGAAGCAUAUGAAGGCUGAGAUGUCGCAGCAGCAGGCGGCUGACUCGCGUUGCAAGACUUUCGUUAAGGGCCCGUUGGAUGGGUACCUGGGCAUCGUUGUGCUGCUGAACCUUGGGCUCAUGGCCGCUGUGGCGCAGAUCACCGGCCACGAAGCGGACGUGAGCCUUGGUCUAUCUCCGCCAGAGACCGUCGAGCUGGGACCCGGCUUCGACGUUGCGGAGGCCAUCUUCUUCACCAUCUACGUCUUCGACGUCGCGUUGCGGAUGGUGGUCCUGAAAAAGGAAUGGAUUUAUGACGACGCAGAGGGGAUCAUGUUCAUGAACAUGUUCGACGCAGUUCUAGUUCUGGUGCAUGGCUUCGAGCUCCUGUUGCUCCCUUUGAUGGUUUCGGGAGAUCAAGACCAGCGCGCCAGCACCGUCCGCGUCAUCAAGUUGCUCAGAAUUGUGCGGACACUCCGCAUCGUCAAGACGGUGGCCCUGUUCCGACAGCUUCGCCUUCUGGUAGGCACAUGCCUGGCCAGCAUCGGAGCCCUCUUCUGGUCCAUGGUUAUGCUCUUCCUCAUCAAGUUGGGAUUCGCGCUCAUCAUCUGCCAGGCACUUCAGGGCUACAUUCUGGAUGAGGCGAAUGACUUGGACACCCGCUUGGAGAUGAACAACUUGUACGGCAGUUUCCUGAAGGCUCUCUACACCAUGUUCGAGGUGACACAUGCUGGGAGCUGGCCUGCACGUGUUCGGCCCGUGGUUGACAAAGUCAGCCCCUGGUAUUCGCUCCCCUUCCUUGCCUACAUCACUCUGGUGGUUUUUGCGGUAAUUAGAGUAGUUACAGCUCUCUUCUUGAAGGAAACCCUCGCCAGUGCUGCCAACGACGCAGACAUGCAGCUAGAAGAGAACCGCAGGACGGCCAAGAACUACCAGCAAAAGUUAGAGGAUCUCUUCCGGGCCGUUGAUGACGAUGGAAACGGUUGGCUCUCUCCGGAUGAAUUCGUCCAGGCACUAAGCCUCCCAAGCGUACAGCGAUAUUUAGUCUUCUUGGACCUCAAGGUUUCAGACUGCCGGCCACUCUUCGACAUCCUUGAUGAUGGAGAUGGCAAGAUUACCAUCCAAGAGUUUUGCAAGGGGUUGAUGCAGAUCAAGGGCCACGCAAGGGCCAUUGACAUGGUGGUUCUGCAGCGCGAGAGCACCAAGGUUUUCAAAGAGUGCCAGGACAUCCACAACGAACUGAAGGCUAUGAUCUCCACGAUCGCACGUCUUGGCGGCAAAUCCAGUGGCAGCCUGAGCUUGGCCGCUGGGACCUCGUGA